AUGGAGGUCAAAAUCCCGCUGGUGCCCGCGGUGGAGCGCCCCGAGCACGAAAAUCCGCGCGCAAUACCCCAAAGACUGAAGACGCCGUUGAUCCAGUGUCGGAAAUUUGAGGCAAGUCAGGAUCGAGAUAUUCCUGACUGCCUACCUUCGGACAAGUCGCCGUCGGACAAGUCGCCGUCGGAGAUUCGACCGAUAGAUCUAGCGUCUGUCGCAAGUGUCGCAAGUGAGGAGUCGGAUCUGUCGUCUAUCGCAGACGAAGACUCUAUAUCACAUGCCGUAACGGUCAAGGAGACGCUAGAAGAUCUCGAUCAAGUGACGUCAGACGUAUGGGCGACUAAUCCGUUGUUGGAGGAAACUACAGGCGUAGGGGAAAGCGAGAAGAGGAGGACCGAGACGGAAUUGGGGUUACCAGUUAGGAUCGGCUACAUUCGAGAGAGAAGUCAAGAUCAAGGAACAUCACCGUCGAAAUGCGGCGGAUCGGAUCUGCCAUCAAUGAUGAGUGUACAAUCUGGGACUGGACAUGUGACUGGUGAUCCGUUGAAUGACAAGCGCGCCGCAUCUAUGUCGAAAAAAACGGACAUGGAUCCAUCUCCUGUUGUUGAAGAUCGACCAGGCACAUCGGAUCUGGACCUCACCUGGGACUCAGAUCAAGAUUAUGAUGAAUGUGUAUACUGCCAUGAAGGAAGUGAUCUGGACGCGGAAGAUGUCGAUGGUCAGAUGGCGGUACUGCCAGAAGUGCCCGUGACGACGGAAGAUGUGAGGAUCGACGACAUUCAGCUAUGUGGAUCUGAUAAUCAGACCCCAGAGGAAAUUGAUCGACUCCGCCAAAGGAUCUGGAAGUUCCGACAUCUCUUUAUCGGCAAGGGAAAUGCCCUUCCGCCGGCGGCUAGAGGUGUGGUGCGCGAUAUCGAUGUCGGGGGAGCGAGACCAAUCGCCCUCAAGUGUCGUAAGCUGCGGAUCCAGUUCAGGGAGAAGCUGGCGGACUUGAUCAAGGGUCUAUUUUCUGCCAAGAUGAUCAACUACUCUAGAUCACCAUGGGCUUCCCCGAUCGUAGUGAUCAUUAAGAAGAAUGGGGUGGAUAUCAGGCUAUGUAUUGAUUACCGGUUGUUUAAUAGCCUAACACAACUGAUGGUAUACCCAAUGCCCUUGAUAAACGAUCUACUCGAAGAUCUGGAGUCGACACUUUGGUACUGUUCUUUGGACAUGGCGAGCGGAUUUUGGGUAGUGAAAAUGACGGAUCGUGCCCGCUUGAUCUCGGCUUUUAUCACUCCUUUUGGAUUAUUUGAGUGGAAUCGGAUGCCUUUCGGCUUGAAGAAUGCGCCCCAGAUCUAUCAACGGAUGAUCAACAACGCGCUAUAUGGAUUCACCGGAUCCCGAAGUCUGAGGAUCAGGGAGGACGGGGAACCGGUGGAUCCAGGCAAGCCAUCGGCGCUUGGGCGUACAUCAUAUAUCGACGGCAUUCUGAUUCCAGCCAAUAACUGGGAUCAACUAUUUGAUCGAGUCGAAGGUUUACUCAAAGCGUGUGAUAAGUGGAAUGUGUCGAUCAGUGUGGUCAAGGGUUUCUGGGGAAUGCCUAAGGUGGAAUAUCUGCGUCAUAAAGUAUCCCACAAUGGACUGGAGGCGAUUCCGAAAGGUCUGUCGGCGCUGACGGAUCUAGCAUCCCCUGGAUCACUUCGAGCCAUGCAGUCAUUUUUGGGAAGUCUGAAUUAUUACAGCCGAUUUAUUGAAGACUAUGCGAUUUAUGCAUCAGUACUGAAUGAAUUGCGAGAAAUUGACUUAGCUCGAUGA